AUGCCUGAGCUGUCAAAUGUCCUUGUACUUUACGAUCAAAACCUUGAAGUUCGUUUGUGCAAAAAUUUUGUUUGGGACCAUAUAUCAGGACGUAUUACACGCUUGGAGUUUGCAAAUGAUAACGAUUACAAUUUAAACUUCAGUAGUGCACUAACUAAUCGCGUGCUUAUACCGGCAUUUGUUAAUGGACAUACGCACAUUGGAGACUCAUGCUUGGCAGACGGAGCCACAGGAUUGACGCUUGAACAAGGUUUUUUUCGUCCAAAUGGCUUCAAAUACAUCGAAUUAGCGAAACAUUCAGAACAACAACUUGUAGAUGCUAUGCAUGAUACCAUGAAUUACAUGCUUUCCACAGGUACAGUUAUGCACUGGGAUUUUCGUGAACAGGGUAUUAAUGGAUUACGUCUGAUUCGACAAGCAGAGAAACAAUCUCGCGGGCUAAAAUCAAUCGUACUCUCGCAAUUCGAUCGGAUUCCAUUCGAGGAAGACAUCGAUAACAAUGAAGACUUACCAGACGAGUGGAAAUUUGAGCUUGAAAAAUUAUGGAACAGAAAUGAUGAUGAUGCUGCUGAUGGAUUUUCGGAGAGUACAAUGAAUGAUUUGCCAGAUCGCACAUGGAUAACCAUACGAGAUAUGUCAUAUAGAUGUAACAAUAAAUUACGAGCUAUUCAUUGUCUUGAAAAUGAUACAUAUCGAAGUGUGAGUAUGGCACGAACAGGUGGACGUCAAAGUGAUUUGCAAAAAGCAUUUGAACUCUACGAUCCUGAUAUUAUUGUACAUUUAACUGAAGCUACACAAGCAGAUAUUGACGUCAUUAUUCAACAACAAAACAAAACCGAUCGGCAUGAUUGUCGACCGCGUACAUUUGUUGUAUGUCCCCGAGCCAAUGCAACGCUUGGUCUCAAGUUGCCACCUAUCCAUGCACUUCUUGCCAGUGGUAUUAAUCUUAUGCUCGGUACUGAUAAUGUCAUGCUUAAUCAACCUAAUAUGUUAGCUGAAAUGGAUUUUGCUUAUCGUUUAUGCAAAAGCCAAAGUGGUGAUCAGACACAUGAUCCAAAAGAGAUUCUUCGAAUGGCCACUACUAUUAACAGUUAUCCGACCAUUUAUGGAAAGAACGAGAAAGGAGGCAUAUAUGAAAACGGACCUGCCGAUUUCAUAAUGCUGGAUUUCGGUGCUACUCAUCUCAUUCGAACAAAAAACUUGAUCGCGACAAUAGUGUUACGCUUAGAUCCACGGCAAAUCCUAGCUACAGUGCAUCGAGGACAUCUUGUUUGGGGAACAUUGCCAUCAUCUCCACUUGCGCAAUGA